CCUCAGUUUGAGUUGAGCGCGGCAGCGACGUCCUCGGCUGCCUGGUGGGUCUUGGUGAUUGGCUUAGUUGAGAUUCUUUGUCCUUGCCUGUGAGAACAGUUCAGGGGACAGAUGGCUCCAAGUCUACCAAGAGCCCAGAUCCAGGAAUCACUGACAUUUGGGGAUGUGACUGUGGCCUUUACCCAGAUUAAAGGGAGACACCUGGAUGCUGCUCGAUGGGCCCUGUACAGGGAUGUGAUACUGGAGAACUGUGGGAAUCUGGUGUUUGUGGGGCUUCUCUCUUCCAAACCCAAGCUAAUAAGCCAGUUGGAGCAAGGGGCAGAGCCAUGGAUGGAAGUACAAGAGGUUCCAUCAGGUACUCAUGCAGUUCAAGAGUACAUAUUUGAAACAAAGAUGUCAGCCCUAAAGCAAAAUACUUUUGAGAGAUCUGAUUUGGGAAAACCAACAGAAAGUAUCAUGAUCGAAAGAGGCCUAGAUUGGGAAGGCAGAAGUUGCACAGAGAAGACCCAUUAUAAUACAGGGAAAGUCUUCGAAUAUAAUUCUUCCUUUAUUAGCCACCAGAGAAAUCAUACUGGUGAGAAACCCCAUAAAUGUAAAGAGUAUGGGAUAGCCUUUAUGAGCAGCUUGUCCCUUUUAAGUCAUCAUAAAAUUUACAUAGGCAAGAAAUCUUACAGAUAUGUUAAGUGUGGGAAAUUCCUCAAGAAGCACUCAACAUUUGUUAAUCAUCAGAAAAUUCAUUUUAGAGAGAAACCCCUUAAAUGCAAUGAAUGUGGAAAAGCUUUCAGAAAUAAAUCUAUCCUUUUAAGUCACCAGAGAAUUCAUACUGGUCAGAAAUCCUACAAAUAUAGUGACUGUGGGAAAGCCUUUGCUCAGAAUUCAGGCCUUCAUCAUGUGAAAAUAUAUGAUGAAGAGAAGACUUUUAAAUGUAAUUAAUGUGGGAAAGCUUUCAGGGAUAACUCAACUGUCUUAGAACAUCAGAGAAUACAUACUGGUGAGAAACCAUAUCAGUAUAAUGAAUAUGAAAAAUCCUUUAGGAGAAGUUCAUCUUUAAUUAGUUAUCAAAGAAUGCAUACAGGAGAGAAACCUUAUCACUGUAGUAAAUGUGGAAAAUCUUUCAGGUAUAACAUAUCCUUUGCUGGACAUCAGAAAUUCAGUGGAAAUAAACCCUGUCAAUAUAAUGACUGUGGGAAGGCCUUUAUGAAGAGCUCAGCCCUUAUUGAACAUUAGAGAAUUCAUACUGGAGGAAAGCCCUAUUGCUGUAAGAAAUGUGGUAAAUUCUUCAGGCAUAGCUUUGGUUUUGUUGAACAACAGAAAAUCCAUAUUGGAGAAAAACCUUAUGAAUGUAAUGAAUGUGGGAAGGCUUUUCCUCAGAAUUCAGGCCUCAAAUGACAUAGGAAAAUUUAUAACAAAGAAAGAGCCAUCAAAUGUAGUUAGUUUGGUAAAUCAUGCAGAGAUAGUUUAUUCCUUUUUGACCAUCAAAGAGGAGACAUUCAGUAAAUUACACAUUUAACGAGUAUAUUCUGUGACUUUCUAGCCUGGAAAACUUCUGACUUACGAGGAUGUUCAUUGUGGUGUGGUUUGUACUAGUGAAAUAUAUGAAGGAUAUUUUAUUCUAUAUAAGUGUCUAUAUGGAAAUAGUUACUAUAGAAUACUAUGUAGCAAGUGAAAAGAAUGAG